AUGGCAAUGACUGAUGCGGUCGAUUAUGGCAGGAGGUUGAUUCCGCAAAUACUGGAUAGCGUGGCCUCUGCUGAUCCGGAUCGAAUUUUAUACUCGGUACUCUCGCUCUCUGAAGAUUCGCCAGAAUUCAGACAUAUCUCUGCUUAUGAUUUUGCGAAGGCGGUCGAUAAAACUGCUUGGUGGUUACACGGUCUGGUUGGAGGGACUACAUCAGUCCGGACUGUGGGCUAUAUCGGACCUCCGUCAGAUGAUCUUCGACAUAUUUUAUUAACAUACGCGAGCGUCAAGGCAGGCUGUUGCUCAUUGUUCCUCUCCCCUAAAAACAGUGUUGAAGGCGCUUUACAGGUGCUCGCCGCAUCCGAAUGCGAUAUUUGGAUUAACCCUCGUGGCCAGCUAUGCCUACCUCUCGUGGAAGACUUUCUGGUUCAGCGCCCAAUGCAAGUCCUAGAGUUGCCUGAACUCGAUGAACUCCUUGACUCCGAAGCCACCGUACCGUUUCCAUACGACAAAUCGUUCGACCAAGCUGCCCAAGAACCGUUCUGUGUUUUACACACUUCUGGAAGCACAGGAUUGCCCAAACCGGUCGCCUGGAAAAAUGGCCUAAUCGCGACGAUGGACGCAGUGCGGCUGCUUCCACCGACUGAAAAGGAUAACGGGCUAGCACCUUGGACAUCUUUGUGGAAUGAAGGAGACAGGAUCUACUCAUCUUUCCCAAUGAGUCACGGAGCCGGUAUCAUCAUGAAUAUUCUUUUGCCCUCACUCUUUGGCCUGCAUUGUAUUAUGGGGCCUUCUGGUGUACCUCCCAAUAUUGAUCUACUUGAAUCUCUUGCAGAUCAUGGGAAAAUUGACAUUUGGAGUAUGGUUCCAUCACUUGUUGAUGAGCUGGGAGAAACCCCUGCCGUUUUGGCAAAGUUUGCGCCAUCAAAGUUUAUUUGUGCAUCUGGUGGUCCCGUGAGUCCCGUCGCCGCUUCUAGGGUGAACGACGUGAUUAGAGUUUUAAAUUUGACAGGCACAACAGAGGGCCUCUUCAUUGGCAACCUCGUCGUAGAGAGAGAAGAUUGGCUCUGGUUUUCUUUUCACCCUUAUUCUGGGUUUGAAUUCAAGGAAGUGGAGCCUGGUAUAUACGAGCACUGGAUACACCGUAACGAACGGUGGCCAUUGUUCCAGGGGAUCUUUCACACGUUUCCUACUGAGCAAUCUAUCAAUCUCAAAGACCUAUACAUCAAGCAUCCAACCAAGCCAAAUUUAUGGGCUUUUAACGGUAGAAGCGAUGAUAUUGUGGUUCUGUCUAACGGAUACAAGAUUGCACCACUGGACACGGAAGCUCUUGUCACGACGCACCCUGCAGUUAGCGGCUGUCUUGUCACAGGCACUGGGAAGCACCAAGCAGGCCUACUCGUUGAGCUGAAAGAUCCUUUAUCAAAAGACAAUGAUCUUUUUGAUAGUAUAUGGCGGAUUGUAGAAAGAGCCAACGUCCUGUCCGUACACAAGAACCAGCUGCAAAGGGAUUAUAUCGCAUUUGCGGAGCCGGACAAGCCGUUCAUUCGGACAGAUAAGGGUACGGUAAAGCGACGCGCGACGCUAAUGCUCUACGACGGAUUCAUUGAGCGUUUCUACGACUCACGAUCUGAGGACAUAGACGUUGUCACCGUGAAUACGACCUCGCUUGAUUCAAUUACCGAAUCUAUCAGUAAGAUUAUCGGCGCUCUUGUGCCAGCAGUUCAUAAAGCAUCCUUAGAUACCGACAUGUUUAGUCUUGGCUUGGAUUCGCUCCAAGUAUUCCGCGCCAUUAAGAACAUCCGGGCUGCUACUGGUUUACAAGAUCAGCUCGCACCUCGUCACAUCUACGCAAACCCCACGAUUAACAAAUUUUCAGCUGCUCUUGACCAUCUGUUGAACCAAGCGAGGGAGACGAAUGGAACUACUUUAGAUGGUGCUAGCGACACUGACGCGACCAGGAUGAAGAGGAUGAUCGAUCAACACAAGAGACGACAGCCAAUAAAGAUGAAUCCGUUCGACCAGGUGAACUUCAAUCAUUAUAUGGGCCUAAAUUUCUUUUUUGCUCUCCCAAAAAAUGUUGAAUUCAGAGAAGUAUUUACUGGACUACAGGAUGGUCUGCGCCGUGCGAUGGACCUCCUUCCAGCUCUCGAGGGGAAAAUCAUGAUGUGCUCAGACCUGGAAAUCGGAUACAAAAGGGGUGAUCUUUAUGUCUCGAUCCCGCCGCUUCAACCACGAGCGACUUGUGAAAGCGAAUCUAAAGCUUCCCUUAGUACGCCGCGUCAGCUUGUAUACAAAGAUCUAUCCAAUGUGCUCCCUUCAUACGAAGCUCUACGAGAUGCAGGGUUCAUGCACCGUACACUUAAGGACGAGCUACUUCUUACGGGAUAUGCAUUUCCCCAGCUACCCGCAGAUAUAUUGAUUGCACAAGCCAACUUCGUCCAAGGUGGUUGCAUCGUUGCGGCGAACUUCCACCACGGAUGUGUUGAUGGUAUUGGGGUCAUGACCGCUCUCAGAGUCUGGGCUGAAUGCUGCAGAUACCUCCAGGGCGAUGCCACCGCGACAUGCAGCUGGCUGGAUCCUGAAAGCUUCAAUCACAGUUUGCCGCAAAUUCUUUACGAGCAGGAAGGAUACGCUCGACCUGUUAACGAGGUGGAUCCUGGCGUGUGGGGAUUUUUGCCAUUCUUACGACCUGACGAAUCCCCUGAGAUCUUGACCAAUGGUACGAAGAAUUCCCAGUCAACUGUGCCAGGAAAAGAAAAGGCCCUCCCUCCAGCACCUGUGUUUACUCGUAAGUUUGAGUUGCCUCCCACACCCCCCAAGGAUGGCCGUUACUUGAACACUAGCAUGUUCUUGAUCCCCCCAGAAAAAAUGCAGCAACUCAAGCAAGACGUCCUCCCCGAUGCGCAGAAUCAAGGCAUUACCACAUCAAUCAGUGAUAUACUACAAGCUUUCUUCUGGCGUGCUGCAGUAAGAGCACGCUAUAGGGUCGCCGUGGAGCAUCGAGGAGAGACAUUCGGAUCAGACGAGAUAUCUAUCCUAGAGCUGCCGAUAGAUGGACGACCGUACUUUUCUUCUCUGCUACCAUCAUCGUAUAUGGGGAGUAUGCUCCUGCUCAACCGACAGAGCUUGCCUCUUGAAAAACUAUGCUCGCCAAAGACCAGCAUUGGAAGCAUUGCCACUGGCCUCCGUGAAGCGGCUGCGCGAAUAACUCCCUCGCUUUUCCAUGACGCUUUCACACUACUGCAAUCAUUGCCCGACUACAGCAAAUUUACCAUCGCUAACAUGGGUGUCAAUGGACACUACAACGCGAUGAUUUCUAACUUGAUGCUAUUCCAAACCAGCGAGAUCUCAUUUGGAAAUGCCCUCUUUGACAACGGGGGAGUUCCUGAGGCCAUGCGACCACAAAUCGAGAGAGGCCAUCAGCAUUUCCGGUUCUUGGUCAUAUAUCCGAUGAAAAGCGAUGGGGGUGUGGAGUUGGUGCUUGGGACGCUUCCGGAGGAGUUGGAAAUGCUGAAGUCGGACGAGGAAUUCAUGGGGUAUGCGACACUUGUGGAUCGAUAG